AUGAUCGACUGGAGGUCUUGCUGGAUCUCCCCGACGGCCCCAGCAAAGUCUAAAAAGCAUGGAGCAAAAGGCUAUCAUGACGACGAGGAAGAUUAUAUCGUCGAAGGUCUCAAACCGUUAGAUGCUAUCCUCUUCCCUAUUCUAGCUGGUGUUGUCCUCAUAGGUUUGUAUAAACUUAUCAACUGGCUCGAGGACCCAGACAUUAUCAACAAAAUUCUCGGUGCCUACUUUUCCGUCAUGUCUCUCGCUAGCUUGGGCAAGCUUCUUGCAGACACAUUGCAUAUGGCUACAGGAUUCAUCUUCCCCAACGUCUGGCGCGCAAAGGACGGCACAUUGUACUAUAUCGAUGCAGAAAAGAAGGGCCAGUUUCGUAGUGCUCCUGGCAGCGAAGAGCGAGUUUUGGACGAGACCCAGAACACACCCUUUGCUGGGCAUCGUCCAAGAGUGAAUGACCUGUACUGGGAGCGCUGCAAGCUAUUUACAGAGCACUGGACGAUUCGCUUUUCCAUCCACGGACUCUUCAACGAAAACCUACGCAUCAAGCUAAACGACAUGUUUGGCGUCGUUGUUGCGUUCGGGGCGACCAUUAUUUACUACACGACCGAUUCAGUCCUGCUCUCGAACGCUGUGGGGUAUGCAUUCUCGUAUGUGGGCAUAAUCAUGAUGUCGCCAAUAACGUUCACGACCGGGAGUGCUGUGCUGUUCGGGCUCUUCUUCUACGAUAUCUACAUGGUGUUCUACACUCCGUACAUGGUCACGGUUGCCACAAAAUUGGAUGUCCCUAUCAAGCUGGUCUUCCAAGGGCCCAAGAAUGCAAGCAUGCUUGGACUAGGGGAUAUUGUCAUUCCCGGCAUUUUCAUUGGUCUUUCCCUCCGCUUCGACCACUAUCUUUCCUAUCACCGCCAGAGAAAGCUGGUGCCAGUGGAGCUCGAGACCGAGACCAAGGCUUCUGGCGAGCUUGCAGUCAGCACGGAGACGCAGCGCAUGGUGGUCAAGCCUGAGUAUAUCAAUCCUCAAGGACAAUGGGGGAGAUCGAUGCUCACCAGCAUCUUGUCCCCGGGCGCUACACCGUCACUCAAAGCAUCGGCCUUUCUCAAGACGUACUUCUAUGCCGCCGUGGUUGGUUACCUGCUUGCAAUGGUAUUCACCCUAGCUAUGCUGCUUAUCUUCAACCACGCUCAACCGGCUCUGCUCUAUCUGGUCCCUGGUGUUGUGUUCUCGGUCUGGCUGACUGGUCUUGUGCGCGGCGAAGUUCACGAGAUGUGGGUAUACACCGAGGAUGGGAGCCUAGAUGGGUCGGACAUGAUUGUGGAGGUGGAUGAGGACGGCAACGUGACAGAAGAGAUCAAGAAGGAUGAGCAUAAGACUGAUGGAGAAAGCAAAGACGAUGCGAAGGCUAUCGAGGGGACAAAGACAGGCGAAGUCUCCGAGACUAAAGCGAAGGAAGCUGUUGAUCGCUUGCAAGCGUCGGAGGCCCCUGACGCCGGCAAGCCUCCCAACCCAAACCGGGCAUGA